CUCAGACAAAGGCAAGUCGUCUUGUCCAGCCAACACAAUGGCCUCACUAUUUACACCGACAAUGCGUCCGCUGAGCUGCCUGAAGACGCUCCUGCGGCAAACCCGGCGGCAGAAGAUGAUUGCCAGGUCGUUGACAACAUACCGUAAACCGGACCUAAACCGAGGUCUUCCGCUGGCAGCAGCUGUGGAUGCAGGAAUGCCCCAUGUCAACAGAAAGCUAAAGGCAUACCCGCCUCCUCCUUCUCCGGCAGCCAACUUUAAGAACCCAAUUGGCGACCUUCACGCAGAACAAAUUUCCGUCCUAGACCCUACUGGGGCACGCACACAGCUCUUCAGCAAAACCAGCCCCGAGGCAGCCAAGGUCGGCGAUAUUCUUCUCGUUCGCCAGAAGAACGGCGAUCCAUUCGCAGGCGUCUGCAUCAACAUCCGCCGCCGAGGCGUCGACACUGGCAUUCUCCUCCGCAACGAGCUUACGAGAGUUGGCGUGGAGAUGUGGUAUAAGAUCUACUCGCCAAAUGUAGAGGGAAUCGAAGUGGUGCAAAGACGGGAGAAGAGAGCGAGACGAGCACGUCUGACAUACAUGCGGAAGCCCAAGCACGAUAUGGGAAGCGUCCAGAAUAUCGUCCUGGCAUAUCAGAGAUCGAGGUUGGGAGCACGAUCCGGCGAUAACAAGGGCGGGAAGAAGAAGGGAAAGGGAAGGAAGUAAGGAGCUGAGAUGGUGUAUAAAUAUGUAUAUGUAUACAAGUGGCGUUCAAAUGUCGAAAAAUUAUUUGAUUAAUUUACACUGGCAGCUGCAGAAGUGACCAAAUAUUAUCUUUGAUCGAUAACCAUGACCUCACUUGAAACCUUUGGGUAGCACCGGUAUUUUCGGUGAAGUAUCUUCAAUAGGAAAGAGCGAUGCUGAUGCCCAGAGUCGCACUUGCCAUAGCAAAGGUGGUCGAACUAUAUUUACACCGAGUUGGAAAAUAAGAUCUAAACUCAACUUCAGGGGUGCUGUUCGAAUCUGGCCUCG